GGAUCUCUGGUCCGAGCCGCUCGGAGUGCGGAGCUGCUGUCGAGGCCUUUUUCUCCGCUGUGGUGCUGCUGUUUCAGCUGGGUACCGCAACGAUGACCAGGCCCGGUUGGGCACCGGCGGCCAGUCGGCUUUGGAAAGUGCCGGGUUUUGAAGUGCUAAGGUUGAGCGGUGUGUCGGGCUGGGGUCCGGCCGACAAGAAUGACCUGGUGCUGGGAGUCGGCGACAGCAACCGGACCGGGAGCCGGCAGCAUGUCAUCUACUUCCCGGGGGAUGUGCAGAAUUAUCAUGAUGAAAUGAUACGCCAUCCAGAAAACAUCCGCUGGCAGCAGUGGAGUCUGGAAGGAGUAGCUGCUUUGCUGUUCCGUCGCUUUCCUGACAGUCACAUCUGGAUCAUAAAGGCUUCCCGGAUUCACCUACAUAAGUUCAGUUGCUACGACAACUUUGUGCAAAGCAAUCUGUUUGGUGUGCCUGAACAUAACUUGGACUCUAGGGCUUUCAAGCACCUUUAUGCACUCUUGACCAAUGCUUUCAAGCAGGUGCAUAGUAUCCUACAUACAUGGACAAAACCUGGUGAAAGUGCCCACAGUUCCUUUGCCAUUGCACCCGAUGAAAGUUCCAGUACAUAUUGUGAAACACCAAAUGGUUUUGCAGUUAAAAAUAACCUGGGUAUUUCCAAUCUGGAGUGCGCUCAUCCUGGAACACAAAGAGAGUGUGAGGACUUGAAGUGUACCGAUCCUUCAUUGAAAUUUAUAUUGAUUGGUUUCAGCAAAGGUUGUGUGGUUUUGAAUCAGCUGUUAUAUGCAUUGAGUGAAGCAAAGAAAGACGAGGAACUAGCUGCCUUCAUUAGUAAUAUCAAAGAAAUGUAUUGGUUGGAUGGUGGUCACGCUGGAGGAAACAACACCUGGGUCACCAGUCCUGAAAUCUUGAAGGGAUUUGCAAAGAUGGGUAUUCCUGUGCACGCACACGUUACACCUUAUCAAGUGCGGGAUGAAAUGAGAGCUUGGAUUGGAAAGGAACACAAGAAAUUCAUUCGGCUCCUUGCGGAGUAUGGUGCAAAAGUGACGAACCAACUUCAUUUUGAGAACGAAGCCCCUACUGUGGAUAAUCACUUCAGGGUGCUUCAAAUGUUCAAAGCUGCUUUGGAUCCAUAGUGACAGAAUUAUUCCACGAUGCUCUGUUUCAACUGUUCCCAGUGAAGCAGAGUAGAAAAAUCAUGACAAGUAAAUGUGUUUAAUAGUUUGAGGGCUGAGUAAUUACAUGUAAUUUUGCCUACUACAAAUCUCUAAUAGAGACUAAUCUGUUUUAUGUACGUUGAAGUACUGUCUUGUUGCAUUUAUUUUGCAUUUCUUUCUGUUGCAUUCUGUUGACUUCCUGUAAUAAUAUUGAUGAGUGCAAUUGUCAUCAAUCUUCAAAAAACAAUUAAAACUCUGGUUUCAGGG